UCAGCGCCCCGAGUGGACCCUGGAGCCUGCUCAGGCAGAGAUGGACCAAGUAAAGGAGCUGCUAGAGUUGAUCACCGUGCACAAGGAGGCGGGGGUAACCGGGGCAUCCGUAAUGAUGUCAUUCUUUAAACGACGAAUCCAACCCAUCCAACAGCGCCACACAUUAGGAUUCGAGUACAUGGGAACUAAAGACCCAUCUCGUAUGUGCGCAGAGGAACUCGGAGAUGAUGCAGCGCUUGUUCGCGUCAAGCGAAUUCUACUGGACGUGGAAACCGUUCCAUACGUUCCAGCAGGAUUUUCAGCCCAGAACCGGCCACCAUCAGUAAGUAGUCGACUUCUUGACUUCUUUUGUGAUGUUGUGAAGUAUAACUGACCGAUAAACUUGUCACAAGAUCGAACGGCGUUAUACCGAAAUUACCCGCCGCAACCUGAUCUGCCCCGACCAUAUCACUUGUUGCCCAGCGCCGCGGCCGAAGCAAAAAGAGCAAAAACUGCUGGCAACGAGUCGGCCGAGGGCAGCCGGGUGACCGGGGAGAGGGCGCAAGCAAACAACUCCUCCGGAUCAUCCGUGGAAUUAUCUAACGACGCACCUCUAAUUUCCCAGCGGCGCCGGGAGAUGCGGAAACGCAAAACCAGCACCGCUGACCCCGCCGGGUAAGUGCUUGUCAAACUAUAAAGAUAUCGAGUUGUUCUGCUGAAUACUGAUAAUAACGCUGUUUGGCAGUCCUUCGUCUUCUUUGCCCAGCCCCCAGCGCCAAAGGGUAGUCGAAACACCCACAACCGGGAAUGAUGCACCAGAAGCUAGACCCACAGAGGCCGAUGGGGCGGACCCGUUGCCUUCUCCUGCAGAUGAUGUAACGAUCACCGUGGCGGGCGCUGUAUCGGGGCAGCUCGCACCCUCGACUGAAGCAGCUCUGCCGCCAGCAGUGAGUUCCGUGGCCAUCGCCACACCAGCGCUGCCAGCCCCCUCGACUUGUAUACCUGCAGCUCCAGCCGCAAGCGCCAUGGUGAAGAGGCCAUUGAAACUGGUGUUGAGGAAACCAACGAUAAUCCGAUCCCAAGUAUCAGCAGUGGCGGUGACGCUGGACGAGCCAGAACUCGAGUUGGCUCCUCCAGCCCCCGAGCCCUCGCCCGAGUAGGCCGACGCACCGGAACCAGCAGAAGGGGUAGAUGUGGCCUUGCCCGACUCACCGCCGCCCGAGCUCCAGCACGCGGAACUCGAAGCCACUGGCGAUGAGCAAGUCGAGGCCGCUGUUACCGUACCCGCCGAGGUUGCAGAGACCAUGCAGCCAUCAGUCUUGGAGGAUGCGGGUACUUCUGGCGAAGCACCCAUGCUGCCAACCCCUGGAGGAGAGAUCGACGACGCACUCCAAGUGAUGCGCCUCCCAAGGGAUGACCUAAGCCGCGUGCGGCAAAUGAUCAAGGCGAUCGAUAAGUUUGCCCUGGAUAUGAGCCAGAAAGCUGAUGAGCGGGCUGUGAAACUGGAAGUGUCUGCCAAGUGUAUUGAUGAGCUAAUGCAGGAGCGGGUCAGCUUCGAGCAGACCAUCAUCGAGCUCCAAGGCCGACUCAAGGAGCAGCGAAAAACCCAUCAAGAUGAAGUCGAGAGUCUACGGAAGGUGAUGGCCGACACAGAGAAACAGUUCGUCGACUGCCUUCAGCAGAUCAAGACUCUAGGCGAGGAGAAGGAGCAGCGCCAGAAGGAACUCGACGACUUAAAGGCAGCAGCCCAGGAACUCGUAGAGAUGGUGGACCCUCGAGAAGACGGUGCUGAAGAUGAGCCACCACUGCUGGAUCGACUUCGCGGGGCACCGUAAAAGAUCCUCAACUUCAUCACUGAGGCUGCCACAACAUACGUGGGUCAUGCUUUAGGCCUUGUGAAGUCCUUCUGGCCAAAGGCUCGGCUAGGAGUACUCGCAGGGGGCACAGCUACUGAUUGUACUGAUGAAAACUUCCACGAGUACU